CAAUAGUACAAUCUCUGGAUCAUUCAAGAAGACAAUAAUAUGUUCCAGAGAAGACAAAAGAAACUAGAAACAUCCUCUUCGUUUGAGUCAUCACUCAUCAUCUCAACUUUUUGUUUAUAUAAAUUCUUGAACCUACCAACCAAAACAUCAGAAGACCAAAUCUCAGAAAGCAAGAGUCCUUGAAGCAUAAUCCCAAAGAAGAACAUAAGCAUUGGCUGUGGUGAUGAAAAUGGCCUCUUCAACGUCAGCUUUGUCUCUCCCUCUCUCUAACAUCCCAACCUGUAUUAAUAAGUCCCAAGAGUUUCCAAAAUCAACUCAUCUAUCUAAAUCCAGCCAUAGUCAUAAUCCUCUUCUCAAAAUUAAAACUCCAGACUCUAAACUCACCAAGAGAGCCUUGCUGAGCUUAACUGCCUUGGGGCUUACGUCACCUCUAGUAUUGGCUCAUCCCGCAAAGGCUGAACCAGAAGCUCCCAUCGAAGCUGCUUCCAACAGAAUGUCGUACUCGAGGUUUCUGCACCAUCUGGAAGAGAAUGAAGUGAAGAAAGUUGACUUGUUCGAGAAUGGGAGUGUUGCCAUCGCAGAGAUCUCCAAUCCAGCGUUAAGAAAGAUCCAGAGGGUUAGGAUUAACCUUCCAGGUUUACCGGUUGAUCUGAUCAGGAAGAUGAAGGAGAAGAAUGUAGACUUCGCUGCUCAUCCCCUAGAUGUGAAAUGGGGAGCUUUCUUGCUCAACUUCUUGGGGAAUUUUGGGGUUCCCUUGGUCUUACUUGGCUCUCUGCUAUUAGCAUCUUCUAGAACCCCUAGUGGACCCAGCUUGCCUUUUGGCCUUGGAAGGUUUCCGUUGGUUUACCGGAUAUCAGAGGAAGAGAGGAGAUAUUAAAAGUUUACAGCAAAACCAAGAAACUUGACAAAGAAGUGUCUUUGAGCGUGAUCGCCAUGAGAACUCCUGGUUUUAGUGGGGCUGACCUGGCGAACCUCAUGAACGAAGCUGCGAUUCUCGCCGGAAGAAGAGGACAAGAGAAGAUUACCCCUAAAGAGAUUGACGACUCUAUUGAUCGGAUUGCCGCCGGAAUGGAAGGGACGAAGAUGAUCGACGGUAAAAGCAAAGCGAUUGUGGCGUACCAUGAAGUAGGACAUGCAGUCUGUGCGACAUUGACUGAGGGUCACGACCCGGUUCAGAAAGUAACAUUGAUUCCUAGAGGUCAAGCACGUGGUCUCACGUGGUUCUUACAGGGAGAAGACCCCACGUUGGUUUCUAAACAGCAGUUGUUCGCUAGAGUCGUCGGAGGACUAGGAGGCAGAGCCGCCGAGGAUGUAAUUUUUGGAGAACCGGAGAUAACCACCGGAGCUGCGGGCGAUCUCCAGCAAAUAACACAGAUCGCAAGACAGAUGGUGACGAUGUUUGGUAUGUCGGAGAUUGGUCCGUGGGCUCUAACCGAUCCAGCGACCAUGCAAAGCGACGUCGUUCUAAGGAUGCUCGCGAGAAGCUCCAUGUCCGAGAAGCUUGCCAAGGAAAUCGAUCAAUGCGUGAAGAAAAUAAUUGAUAAUGCUUACCAGAUCGCCAAGAACCACGUGAGGAAUAACAGAGAAGCCAUAGACAAGCUUGUUGAUGUCUUGUUGGACAAGGAAACCUUAACCGGAGACGAGUUUCGAGCAAUCCUGUCUGAAUACACUCAUCAACCGUUAGAAACCGAGGAUAGAGUUCGAAUCAAAGAUUUGAUUAGUGUGUAAUAAUACAAAUAAAUAAAAUAAUACUAUGGUAGUAUUGGUACUACAAACU